UAUAUGCUCCCUUCACUAAAGCAUGGCUGAGCCCGAGCUCCUCCUGGACUCCAAUAUUCGUCUUUGGGUUGUGCUGCCAAUUGUGUUUAUUACUUUUCUGGUUGGAGUGAUCCGCCAUUAUGUCUCGAUUCUGUUACAAAGUGACAAGAAGCUCACGUUAGAGCAGGUUUCAGACAGCCAGGUUCUCAUCAGGAAUUCAGCAUCUUGGUAUUUCCUGAAUGUGUUUGGUCUCAGGAGCAUGUAUUCUCUGAUUCUUGGACAAGACAAUGGUGCAGAUCAGUCUCGCAUCAUGCAGGAACAGAUGAGUGGUGCUGCAAUGGCAAUGCCUGCUGACACAAACAAAGCAUUCAAGGCGGAAUGGGAGGCUCUGGAGUUGACGGAUCAUCAGUGGGCCUUAGAGAAUGUUGAGGACGAUCUGAUGAGUAAGGACUUAGACUUGUCUGGGAUGUUCAGCAAAGAGUUGCCAACGGGCAUCUUCUAAGUGCCUGUCCACUACUGAGAGGUUUUGAAGGACCUCACUGAAAUAGAAGAGUGAAUUGUCAGACUGGUUUUCUUUUUCCAGAAAGUGCCAUAAACCUCAUUGCAGACAUAUCACAUUUUGUGUAAUAUGCAUGCACCAUUCCAUCCAUUAUUCAUUUUUGCUGAGACGUAAGUGUCAUGGUGUGAUAAAGCUUUAAGCUUUAUCGAUUAUCUCUUGCGACUGCAUUCAUACAAUGCAACAGAAACAUUACAGAGCACCCUAUAAUGGCACGUGUGGCCUGGUUUUCUUGAAAACAUUCCCUGAUGAUUAUUGCUAUGUCUUCUUUGUUUUUCUUCUAACUCAAUUAAAUUUUUUUAUUUUAUGAGCCCCAUUUUCUUAUUUUACUAGGACCAUUUGAUUGUUUGGACCAAGUAGGCAAAAAGGAAGUUUUAGGAAGUGAUGACAUUUUAAAAAGUGGAUCAGACCAUAACAUAGGUUCAGUUACCUAAAUAGUAUGUUCCUAAAUUUACUAGUGUAUUAGAUGCUUUUUUUUAUGGUGCCAAUACACCUUGCACUGAGUAUGUAGUGAAAAAGACAUCCUCAUUACAUAUUAAGAUUUAAUGGCAUGUUUAAUGUAUUUAUUUUACUUUUAUUAAAUGUCAUUUUUGGUUU